CGCAGCAGCUCGCAGCCAUGUUGACAGUCUGUGGAUUUUAUGUGUUCGUUCAGGUGUGUGUGGCGGCAGGAGUCGACACAGACUGGAGUGUCGGGCCGACUCCACUCAGCUCUGAUGUAGGAAACAGGAUCCGUCUCCAGAUGACUCCACCGAGGUCUGACCCCUCCCUCCUUGAUGCUGGAGAUGCAGUCAGUGACACUGUAGAUCUGUCGUUUACACGACCUCUGAUUUCCACGUUGAAGACGCCGUGUCAGAGAAUCUCUGACCGCUGGAGUUCUGUGUUUGAUUCCCCGGGUCCUGAGAAUCAGACGGGUUGUGUCAGAGGUACUGGUCUCAUUGAGGACGUCUUUCCAGUUUAUUUGACUCUUUCAGAUGGUUUUAGAGUCAGCCAUGAUGACACAGCUGAGACAGAGACGAUGUCCAACCAACAGCACAUGACCCUUAGAGAACGUGACGCUGCAUCCAGCCACGAGACUAUAGUUAUAAUGGAAGAGGACCCUGCUGUGACUGAGUCAGCCACGCACCUGUAUGAGAGGCAUCCCAGCGUAUCCACUCUGCUGAGGUACCAGAAGGGGGCGCUGCAUCUUCUCAGAGGAAGGCGUUUCUUCUCUACUAGAGGUCAUGAUGUCGUGCUGGUUGGUCACGGCGGCACAGGCACUGAUGGAACAGUCCAGCUGGCGGGACUCGGCCCGGAGGAACUUGUCAGACUGGUGUCAACCUUAGAAACCGAACUCUCCUCCGGUCCUCUCGGCUCCAUCAGCCUCAUCAGUUGCAACCUUGGGAAUGACCCUCACUUUAUGCUGCAGCUGCUACGAGGUCUCCGGUCCGUCGGCGUGGAGACAAAGCUGCACCUGUACACCUCCUUCCUGUCCGUCAGCUCUGAUGGAGCGAUGAUGACCGGAGCUGAUGGAGUCUGGACGGCCCAUGACCACAGAAGAAGAAUCACUGCUGAACUGGACCAAACAGGGGACCUGCGCACCAAAGAGGGACUUGGCUGCGCAGGGCCAGAGCUCCCUGGUUAUAAAGGAAAAGCUCUGUAUCUUCAGACACUGGAUUGGCCAAGUCACCCACAAAUGUUUGUUCCGAUGGAGCUGCGUAAGAAGUACCCGUCUAUAGACUGCCUGGAGGGGCUGACGUGGAGCCUGUUCUUUGAGGAGAACGAAAGAAGACGUGCUCCUGAUUACGACAGCGACCAAAGACACGUGAAAGCAGUUUGGCUCACAGAACCAGGACCAGGAGGAGACAACAUUGUCUUCAAGCAUAUUGUGAACAUUCAGGAUCUACUUGUGGAGAUACGAUACAACGCCAGAGAGGAAGUCGUAUCAGACCUUUACUACGUUCUCAAUGAAUGCAUCUACAAAGUGCACCGGGCAAAUCUUAGUGUAAGUCUGAUGGGGAAGUUCAUGAGCACUGAAAACCAAGCUGAGGUCGAACAUUUCCGUCAGAGCUUCGUGGAGCAGUGGGGCGAGUCCUCCCUGCAGGACCUGAGCCAGGGUCUCAAACCGUCCAAAUUCAAUGACUUUUGUCGACAGACCUUCCAGUUCCAGGAGUGUAAUUACAACUGUGAGAGGUGGGGUCAAUACUUCAUGGCCGCCGUGUUUUCAGCAUCUGUGCGCAACUUCAGAACCUUCUCGCUUUUUCUCAUGAGCGUCAUCGGCUGUGAGGUAGGCCGCUCACGGGGGACCGACAGUUCACUGUGCACGGCGUUCGUCGGAGAUGACCACCCCAUGGUUACCAACCAACCCUGGCCCGAACGUCUUCGGCGAGGAUUCUACGGCUGCACCGUCGACAACUACGAGAUGGCUCCGCAGGAGAGACAGAUCUGGUUAGAUCAGGUUAUUGCGAAGGAAAACGCCCUGUACAUCAAAUCGAAGCAGAUGAUGAACGGAGUCGACCACGACGAGCAAACGGAGCUGGACAUCUUUGGGAGGGUCAAAAUCAUGAAUAAGUACGUGUUCUCGUCCUAUCUGGAGUUCUUUCGAGGUACGCCUGAGGGAAAGAAACUCAAGAGAGGAUGUACGCCAUCUCUCCACGAGGAUUUGAAUCCAUAAUGUCGGUGUAAUGAG